AUGGAUACGUCGACUGACUGGCUCGCCCAGCUUCCCUUGGAAAUCAUUUCGAUGAUCCUUUCCCAGCUUUCGAUCCAUUCCCUCGUCUCCUUUGGUGCCACCUCAAGAAACAAUUUCAGAUAUCAUAUUCUCGGCGUGAAGCGGCUCCAUUUGGCUGUCUUUAAUAGACCUCUUGAUGCCCAUAUCGCCUUCAUGGACCGCGGUUUAUCAAACGACUCGAAAACAAGCGAUGAUCUGAGCCAGGUACACCAAAUACAAGUAGUUUUACCGGGGAGUUCCACCCAAUUCGACGUACCACUGAGAGACUAUUUUGAGAAAAAUUCAGGAACCAAGAGGGGCAAGCAGAAAUAUGCCGCCCUUAUGAGCGACAAACAGUUUGGUGAUCUCUUGUCCGUUGAGCAGACGAUACGAGCACAGAAUGAGAAAUUUUCUCAAAUGGUCUACCGAUACGGGGCCUCUCUCAUGGAGUUGGAGUUCCUGGCGCAUGAUCUUAGCAAUGAGGGAGCCAUGGCUCUGGGAGCAAGUUGCGGCUCCAAACUGCGGCAUCUUGGGCUUCGUUUUCAGCACCCACAUGUCAGAGAUGGGUGUCUUAUUAGUGGCCGUUACUGGGCAAAUCCUGCUCCUGCAAGUUCAGCAUGGAAUUAUCUCAUUGGAAUUGGCCCGGGGGCAAAAGAAAUCAGCAUGAGCAAUCUGGAAAGCUUGGUUCUGGAACGAGCGGGCAUCACCCCGUGGCAGCUACGAAUGCUGAUAAAACGAAACCGCACCCUGGAAGUUUUAAAGCUGCGUACCUGUGCUGCAGUUAAGCCAGAAUUUGUUAACUGGCUAGGAGGUAUGGGCAUUCCAGACUAUGAGGGAGAAAUUCCUCGCCAAGAAGGGGAGCCUGCUCCGGGAGCAUCGCUAAAGAUCCUGUGGCUUGAGAACUGUAACGGGAUUUAUUCCAAGAAUAAGAAAUUCCAUGGGAAAAGUCAGGAUGUCGAUUCUGGCUUGGAUUGGGUCCGGGGACUCGUGGGGCUUCAGUCACUUUCAUUCCGCGAAUGCAAAAAUAUUGACGCCAAUGCCGUGCAGCGAGCAAACGAAGCAAUCUGGCAUAUUCCUGAGUUGCAUGCGCCCAGGAUAGCCUCCCUUUCAGACUCUCUCAUCGAGGUCGACCCGGAGUAUGCCUGA